AUGAAAACUUUUCUACAACCAUUACGAUUACCAUCACUAUCAUCAUCUAAUUAUGCAUCACCACCGUCAAAUCCCCCAUUUUCACCAUCUCAAAUGUUCUCUGAUUGUCCAGUUGCCGAGACUCCAUGCUUCGCUUCACCGUCUGCAUGUCAACAAAUAAACGAGUUGUCACGUCCUCGUCGUAUUAUUAAAUCAGUAAGACGAUUAUGGUUUAUUCGGUGGUCAAAGAAAACAAUUAACGAAGCAGAAACAACAACAACAAGAAAACAAAAAAAAAUUAAACAACUAGUAGGCACACAAAUGAAACGUUAG